UUAAGUGAUCAAUGCUACUGGAGACAUUGGUUUAAUGCUGGCUUCUAUGGACUAUCUGGACUAGGAUAAAUUGCUCUCGAAUUCUCGACAUCAAAUCACUUCAGCUUUGAGCUUCAACCUGUACACAACUAUACGAAACAUCAUCUGCCAUUGAACACUAUAUUAACUGGAAUAUUUCGAUCGUUGAACCUACCUGGCGUUAUGGCUACUCACACUUCCAAGUACUUACAGCUCCCUGAUGCUAGCUCGUGUGAUAUUGGCAAACCAAGUCCACUGGCCCUGUUGACUGCUACCUGUCGAAAGAUUGGUACAUCACCACGUGUGUCAUCCCGUAGAGUACUGAGUAUGAGGACGACGUCACCUCAAUCUAAACACACUGCCUUGCCAAUCACACAUGUUUCUACAUCGUCCUGUUCGUAUCUUCCACCUACACCACCACCGUCACCACCCAUGCAGAUCGAUGUUACGUCACCAUCAUCGUCACCAGCCUUGUCGAUGUCACCUCAGCCGCUACCACUCCGAUCAGUUAGCCCGGUCAUCAGUGGUCACCAGCCAUGCUACUACCCUCAAUACCAACCUGUCAUGCGGUACUCUCCUUACUCCACACCACCUCUUUCAAGACCAAGAGUUCCACCCUCAUCGAUGAGCUACCACGCAGCUUCAACUCCGUACUUUCCGUGUACUCCUAUGAUGAUACCAACGUACAACCACACGCUUCUUCAUCCUCAUUCACCAUCAUUGUUCGGUGUCUAUCCUCAUCACGAUCAACCUGUCCAUGCUACGAUGCCGUCAAUGAAGGUCCGUCACACAAGGAAUCGUCGAACACGUCAACCCGAUGUCGAGAAUGAGGAUAUUAUUGACGUUGUGUCGAUCUGAAACUGAACUUUCAAUUGAAAAAUGUAUUGCAAACCUGGACUAAUUUGACAUUUCAUGUUGCAUACGGCAAAUAUUCAUUUAUUGUAAUAAAUCUCUGAAAGAAAAUGAA